ACGAUGUCUGCUCCUGUCAGGGGCCCGGAUCAGCAUGCUUGGGCCCUGCUAGCCCUUCAGAAUGUCCGCGCCAGCCUCGCCUCACCGCGUGCCGUGGUCCCCGACAGGAAGGGAACGCCCAUUGCCAGACUGGAAGGCAAGGAAUUCGAAUACAUGGUGCGCCAGAGUCGGGUGGUCAUCGGGCGCAACUCCAGCAAGGGCGACGUGGACGUCAACAUGGGCCACAAUAGCUUUAUUUCGCGACGCCACAUCGAGAUAUACUUCGAGACGCCCCACUUCUACAUGAUCUGCAACGGCAAGAACGGCGUGUUCGUGGACGGGGUGUUCCAGAGGAAGGGGGGCGCCGCCCCUGCAGCUGCCCAGACAGUGAGUUCUUCCUUGGUUUCAAUAGGCCCUUUGCCCUCGCGAGAGUGCCCGACGGGGUGUGAGGAUGCCUUGGGGCUGCUCUCGUGCCUGGUGUGAGGGAAGGGGCCCGCUUUGGAAGCAGUGUUU